GGUGUCCGGGCUGGUGAUGGGGUUAAUUCCCUUUCGUAAGACUCUUAUUUGCACCCACCCAGCCCCGCCGUCGCCCCGCCGCGCCGCGCUCCAACUGCCUCCUCCUCCUCCUCCUCCUCAGUAACGCGGGCCACUGAAAGGUAUGAUAUAUUUGAUUCAAGACAGUCCAUUUCAGUCCAGGAAUCUACAGUGGUGACAAGGACAUGGGACUCCUCCUGCCAGAUUCCAAAUUGGUCAAGACAAUUGACAUCCUGGCUGACAACUGUGAGAAAGAACCUUGGAUUAUUUUAUUUUAUUUUUGUGGGACACCACAAUCCCAAAUCCAUAGAACACAUAAGGCUUCAAGUUCCCUGUAGAAUUCUAAAAUAACCUUUGCUAAUGAGGAUGUCUGAUACUGUUACUGUAAAAAAUGAAACUGAAACAAUGAAGGAUUUGGAGGCAGAAGUGAAAGAUACAACCGGAGUUGAAAAUCUUAUCAAAUCCGAAAACUAUGGGAAGAUUUUGGCAGAGAAGAAUGAACGUUGCAUUGACAACAAUAUUGAUUUGCAGGAGAAAAUUCAGAUCCAGUUAACACAAUCAUUUGAAAAAGAGGAGAAGCCCUCAAAAGAUGAAGCAGAAAAAGAAAAAGCCAGUGAUAAGUUGCCCAGAAAAAUGUUAUCAAGAGAUUCCAGUCAAGAAUACACUGAUUCAACUGGCAUAGAUCUACAUGAAUUUUUAGUAAAUACAUUAAAAAACAAUCCCAGGGACAGAAUGAUGCUGUUGAAAUUGGAACAAGAAAUUUUAGAUUUCAUUGGUAAUAAUGAGUCUCCACGUAAAAAAUUCCCCCCAAUGACAUCUUACCAUAGGAUGCUAUUACACAGAGUCGCUGCUUACUUUGGAUUAGACCACAAUGUUGAUCAGAGUGGGAAGUCUGUCAUAGUAAACAAAACUAGCAAUACAAGAAUACCUGAUCAGAAAUUUAAUGAACAUAUUAAGGAUGAUAAAGGUGAAGACUUUCAGAAACGAUAUAUCCUCAAGAGAGAUAACUCUAGCUUUGACAAAGAUGAUAACCAGAUGAGAAUACGUUUGAAAGAUGACAGAAGAAGCAAAUCUAUAGAAGAAAGAGAAGAAGAGUACCAGAGAGCUAGAGACCGAAUAUUUUCCCAAGAUUCCCUGUGUUCCCAAGAGAAUUAUAUUAUUGACAAAAGAAUCCAAGACGAGGAUGCUAGUAGCACCCAGCAGAGGCGCCAGAUAUUUAGAGUUAAUAAAGAUUCUUCAGGGAGAUCAACAAAUAGCCAUCAAAGCAGCACUGAGAACGAGUUGAAGUACUCUGAACCCCGACCCUGGAGCAGCACAGAUUCAGACAGCUCUCUCCGAAACUUCAAGCCUGCUGUAACUAAAGCCAGCAGCUUCAGUGGAAUUUCAGUUCUGACAAGAGGUGAUAGUUCUGGAAGCAGCAAAAGCAUAGGCAGGCUUUCAAAAACAGGUUCUGAGUCUUCUGGUAGUGUAGGGUCAUCUACGGGCUCUCUCUCUCACAUCCAGCAGCCUCUUCCAGGUACAGCUCUCAGCCAGUCUUCUCAUGGCGCACCUGUCGUCUAUCCAACUGUCAGCACUCAUAGUUCUCUUUCCUUUGAUGGUGGCCUAAAUGGGCAAGUCGCAUCUCCUAGCACUAGCUUCUUUUUGCUUCCCUUGGAAGCGACAGGCAUACCACCUGGCAGUAUUCUGAUCAACCCACAAACAGGUUGGUAUCCAGAAAAAGGUUUAUUUCAGUUGAGAUAUCAGGAGUUAUCUGAAAACUAA